CCGCAGUGCCGUGGCGGGUGCCUGAGUUUCAGAACUCCAAGUCCCCCCCACGUGCGCUGGGUGGAGCCUAAGAAGGGGUUCUCCUCUACUACCUAGGCCAGAGACCACAGCUGAGCUAGAAGGAAGAGCCUCUGUGCCUGUGCUCUUGAUGGAUUUUAAAAUUGAAAACACUUGGGAUGGUUUUCCAGUGAGGCAUGAGCCAGUGUGUAUCAAGCUGAGCCCAGGGGACAAGGGCGUGAAGAUGGAGGUUAGUGCUCCAUUUUUCAAUGAUCCUCCAGCUCCUCUUGGAGAACCAGGAAAGCCUUUCAGUGAACUGUGGAAUUAUGAAGUUGUGGAAGCAUUUUUCUUGAAUGAUACAACUGAGCAGUAUUUAGAAGUUGAACUUUGUCCACAUGGACAACAUUUAGUUCUUUUACUCUCUGGAAGAAGAAAUAUUUGGAAAAAAGAGCUUGAGUUAUCAUUCAAAGCGUUCAGAGGGGAGACAAACUGGGAAGGCAUAGCUCUUCUUCCUUGGAGUUAUUUUCCACCAAAUGUGACAAGAUUCAACUCAUUUGCAAUUCAUGGAUCAAAUGAUAGAAGAUGUUAUGAAGCCCUUUACCCUGUGCCACAGCGUGAACUGCAGCAAGGACAACAGCCUGAUUUCCAUCGUCUAGAAUAUUUCAAGCCUUUCAGUCUUAACACGCUGCUUGGAGAAGAAUGGAAGCAGCCAGAAUCAGACGUGUGGCUAAAAGAGAGACCUGAUGUGUAGAAGUGUAGUAGAAACCGAGCGUGUCCAUCAUUUCUCCUGUGCUUUUAAGAUCUUGAGAGGACAAUAAUCAACUUUAUAUGGAAAAACAAAAAACCCAGGAUAGCCAAAACAAUCUUAUACAAUAAAGGAACCUCUGGAGGCAUUACCAUCCCUGACUUCAAACUCCAUUACAGAGCUACAGUAAUGAAAAUAGCGUGGUACUGGCACAAAAACAGAGAAGUCGACCAAUGGAAUCGUAUAGAAGACCCGGAUUUUAACCCACAAAACUAUGAACACCUCAUUUUCGAUAAAGGAGCUAAAAGUAUACAAUGGAAGAAAGAAAGCAUCUUCAACAAAUGGUGCUGGCACAACUGGAUGUCAACCUGUAGAAGAAUGAAAAUAGACCCAUAUCUAUCACCAUGCACAAAAAUCAAGUCCAAAUGGAUCAAAGACCUCAAUAUCAAUCUGAACACACUGAACCUGAUAGAAGAGAAAAUGGGAAGUACCCUACAACACAUGGGCACAGGAGAUCGCUUCCUAUGUAUAACCCCAAUAGCACAGACAUUAAGGGCAACAUUGAAUAAAUGGGACCUCCUGAAACUGAGAAGCUUCUGUAAAGCAAAGGACACUGUCACUAAGACAAAAAGGCAGCCUACUGACUGGGAGAAGAUCUUCACCAACCCCACAACAGACAAAGGUCUGAUCUCCAAAAUAUAUAAAGAACUCAAGAAACUAGACAUUAAAAUGCUAAAUAACCCAAUUAAAAAAUGAGGCACUGAUUUGAACAGAGAAUUCUCAACAGAAGAAGUUCAAAUGGCCAAAAGACACUUAAGGUCAUGCUCAACCUCCUUAGCGAUCAGAGAAAUGCAAAUCAAAACAACUUUGAGAUAUCAUCUUACACCUGCCAGAAUGGCUAAAAUCAAGUUAUACUGUAGAGCUGUUAUUGCAGCUCUGUGGAACCAGCACAAAAGCGAGCAGUAGACCAAUGGACUAGAACAGAGGAUCUUAAAAUUAUCCUACACAGCCAUAGUUUCCUCAACAAGUGUUGCUGGGAAAAUAAGAUAUUUGCAUAUACUAGACUCAAGCUAGAUCCCCAUAUCCUACCCUGUAGUACAUAAAUCAGCCCCAUGACCUUAAUGUAAGAUCUGGAACAUUAAAACUGAUAGAAGAAAAGAUAAAAUGCUUCAGGAUUUAAAUAUAGGCAGUAACUUCAGGAAUAUGUUCCAUUGUCUCUGGAAUAAAAGAAUUAACAAAUUGUAUUUCAUCAAAUUGAAAAGAAACUGUACAGGAAAAGAGACAGUUAAUGAAGUGAAGGGACAACCUACAGCGGGGAGAGAAACUUCGCUCAGAGGCUUACCAUCCAGCAUAUACAAAGAGCUCAGAAAAAAAUACCAAAGCUAAGCAGUAAAGCUCAAUAAGUGAGUAGGUCAUCUACACAGUUCUCAAAAGAGUUUGUAGAGCUAUCUGAUAAUUAUAAAAACUCAGUGUCUUUAGGUAUUAGGAAAAUUCAAGUUAAAACUGUAUUGAGAUUUCAUCUUAGGAAAAUGGAUCUUCAAUAAAGUGACAAGUGCUGGUGAAGGGAAGGAGGAAGAGGAGAAGAAGCCUUUAUUCACUAGUCAUGGGGAUUUAUAUUAGCACUGUCAACUGUGGAAAUCAGUAUGGAGAUUCCUCAUAAACACUGAAAAUAGAACUCCCAUAUGAUCCAGCCCUGCUAGUUCUGAGUACAUCCCCAAGGGAAUCAGAAUCAGCACAAUGUAAAGACACCCAUAUAGCUGUGUUCACAAUGUCCAAGCUAUGGCAUCCAUCUAGGUAUCUGUCUAACUGAUGAUUGGAUAAAGAAAACACACACACGAGACAGAGAGAGACAGAAAUGACAUACCAUUCAGCCAUAAGAAGAACAAAAUCAUGUCAUUUUCAGGAAAAUGGAAAUAAAUUAAGUCAGACUGAAAGAUAAGUAACUCCUGUUUUUUCUUAUUUAUGAAAGUCAAAGAAAACAAAAUAUUUGAAUAUAGGACAAGAGGUUAUUAGAAAAGUGGAGCAGGAUUUGAGGAGAAUGGAGGGUAGGGGAAAAGACAUGGGGAAUAAAAAUGUCCACAGUUGUAUACAUGUAUGAAUCUGCCAAAGUAAAAAUCUACAAUUUUGUAUAAUUAGUA